CUGCGUACAAGAUCACAAUACGUAACAUGUUACACUUUACAGUUCCUGCCGCGACUAUGCGCACUGAAUCGUACGUUAAAUUACGAGGUCAUCGAGGCGGCAGAAACGGUAGAUAGCGAGAGCUCAGCCACUGAAAGCCCGCAUGGAACAACAGCUAAGACAACGACCACUGUAUCGAUUCAGAAUACUGUAGGCAGUAGAGAUAUGGUAGCGCUAUUAGCACCAAAUGCAAGGAUUGAUAGCAGCAGCGUUGAGGGAGAAGGAGAACCCGGUAAACCUUCUCUACGACCCUUUGAGAACACAUAUAAUCAAGUCAAAGCGAUUUCGGAACCUUACAGUAUCAACUCAGAAGUUACGGUCUACCCGGGUCAGAUCGUAAUUGUUGAACCUGGCACACAAUUCGAAUUUGGACCUGGCAUCGGGAUUACGGUACAGGAACGAGGCAAACUCUACCUGAACGGAACUGCUGCACAACCAAUUCGGCUAUUUGGCAAAGCCACGUGGCGUGGAGUUGUGGUAAAGCCAGGGGGAACUCUCGUGCUCAGCCAUACUACCAUAGAAGGAGCAUCAAUUGGUUUAUGGAUCGAUUCCGAUAAAGUCGAAGUGGAAAAUGCGAGAAUUCUGGAUUCUGUUGUGAGUUUGGACAAUCCCAUUGUUACCAUUUUCGAGGGACCAUAA